AUGGCCGUAUACGUUGAGUUGGAGAUUUACGGUCAAUCUGCUCUAAAUGUCCCGCUCAAGGCCAUGAUGGCACCACACGGGACUUGGACUUGCAGUUUUAUAUCCACUGUCAAACUGAUGUAUGGCCACUGUGCUGAUGUGUUGAAGGAAUUUCCUUUUGUUGUCCUCGCUAUUUUCGUAUCGGCCAUCGGUGGGACAUUUCAGUAUGGACUUGGAAUAUCCGGGGUGACGCCCCCUUCUGUUUACAUCAAAGAUCUGGUGAACCAAACAUGCAUACAGAGAUACGAUGUCUACCUUCAGCAGUGGCAACUCUCGCUCAUCUGGUCCUUCAUUGUGUCUAUUUAUGCCAUCGGCGGUUUGCUGGGCUCAAUCCUGGCGGUUCCAUGCGUCUCGAAAGUUGGCAGGAGAAACUGUCUUAUUCUUAACAAUUUUGUGGCUAUAGCGGGAGCUGUGCUGCUAAUCUCGAGCCGAACAGCCUCAUCCUUCGAGAUGCUCUUCGUGGGGCGAUUUCUGUACGGCGUUAACGCGGGAAUCGGCCUCUCCGCUCACUUGUUGUACAUUACUGAAUGCGCCCCAAAAAUGCUGAAAGGGAUGGUGGGCGUGACAAUUGCCACUGCAGUCACUGUUGGGAGGUUUACCGGUCAGCUUUUGGGGCUCAGAGAGUUACUUGGCACAGAGGAUAGAUGGCCCUGGUUGCUCGGCUUCAAUGCUUUUUUCGCACUGUUACAGCUCAUAACUCUCCCCUUUCUACCGGAAUCUCCAAAAUUCUUGCUGCUGAACCGAGGAGACCGACAGGCCUGCGAGAAAGCUUUGUUGAGGCUUUGGGGUAACAAGGACCACAGCACGGAAGUGGAAGAGAUAUUGAAGGAGAAAAUGGCCCUCCAGAACGUCAGAAGUCGCUCUGUGAUGGAGCUAUUUCGGGAAAAAAGCGUUCGCUGGCAGCUGGCGACAGCCAGCAUCACCUACUUCUCGUUACAACUUUCUGGCAUGAACGCAGUGUACUUCUAUUCUUAUGACGUAUUUCGUGCAGCAGGCAUUCCUGAAAACCAGAUACCUUAUGCCUCUUUGGGAAUGGGGACGUGUGAAAUGUUAUCUUCUGUACUGUGUUUCUUGAUCAUUCAGAAGAUGGGAAAGAAAGUCCUGCUGCUCGCAGGAUACGCGACUACGUCUGUUAUAUUCAUCAUCCUCACCAUCACUCUCUAUUUUCAGCAUUACGCCAUCUGGUUGUCGUACUGCAGCAUGGUGCUCAUUUUCGCCUUUCUCUUCACUUACUCUGCAGGGCCAACUGGAGUAAUAGCUCCUCUCCCGAGUCUAAUUUUCACUCAGGCGUUCAAAGCGAGUGCAACUGCCGUUUGCGCCGCCAUCAACUGGCUUGGGUUGUUUAUAGUGGGGAUGCUCUUCCCCGUCCUAGUGGAGAAUCUUCAAUCCUUUUGCUUCCUCAUAUUCUUAUCGGUUUGCGUUGGUUCUGGGCUGUUUGUAUACUUCAGCGUGCCCGAGAUGAGGAAUAAAACAGCUCUGGAGAUUGCUGCUGACUUUGACUUGAUGCACAACAAAUCCAGAAGGUCAAAUGUGGAAAAUAGAGAAGAGCAGCCAUCAAAUGUCUCGAGUAUAUACUCGACCAAAUUUUAG